CUCCGGGUCACUCCGUUGCAAACUUCUCCGGGAGAAAAGAACUCCAGCUCGCUUCAGACAAUGGCAGUUUAUUUAAGCCUCAUCUUUCACCCCCGGGCUCUUCGCGUCGCUUUUGGUUAAGGAAAAGUAGAGGAGGAAAGGAAAGAGAUGCCUUAACUUCGGCCAGGCGACCGAAUUUCAGAAACUUUGCCUCAGCCAAGGGAGGGUUCGCCGAGCUCAUUGGAGGAUGCUGGCUUCAUUUGAAGCCUAGAAAGAGUUCACAAGCAUAAACAGGAAAGCCUUACAUCACUCUUGUGUCUGUGUGUGUAGGGGAGGAGCCCUGCCUGCUCUCCACUCGCCACUCUUUGUGGUCAUGAAUUGAGCGGAGAGCGCAAGGGAGAGAGAGAGAGAGAGAGAGAGCUUCGCCUUUCAAGCCAGGCGAAAAAGUGCCUGCGAGAGGAUUGAUUAGAGCGGGGUUCCUACGACUCACCAUGCCCCUUCGGAGCGCUGAGGAGAAACCCAAGGAUGAAAUUGCUUUGGAGAGCUAAAAUGAGCUCAAUCCAAGACUGGGGUGAAGAGAUAGAGGAAGGAGCAGUUUAUCAUGUUACCCUCAAAAGAGUACAGAUUCAACAAGCCGCCAACAAAGGAGCAAGAUGGCUAGGGGUUGAAGGGGACCAACUUCCUCCAGGACACACUGUCAGCCAAUAUGAAACCUGUAAGAUCAGGACAAUAAAGGCAGGUACUCUAGAGAAGCUUGUGGAGAACCUAUUGACAGCAUUUGGAGACAAUGACUUCACCUACAUCAGCAUAUUUCUAUCAACAUACCGAGGAUUUGCAUCUACAAAGGAAGUUCUGGAAUUGCUCCUUGAUAGAUAUGGAAAUCUGGAGAUCUCAAACUGUGAAGAAGAUGGGAGCCAGAACAAUACGGAGACCAAAACAGUACUCAGGAAUGCCAUAGCCUCAAUACUGAGAGCCUGGUUAGACCAAUGCUCGGAGGAUUUCCAAGAGCCACCUCAUUUCCUUUGUUUGCAGAAACUGCUGGAUUAUUUGACCAGGAUCAUGCCAGGCUCGGACCCUGAAAGAAGGGCACAGCAACUCUUGGAGCAGUUUCAGAAGCAAGAAGUAGUAAACAACAGUGAGAUUCAUGAUAUAUUUGCAACUGAAGAAGGAACAGAGAAUAGUGCAUCAGAAGAAUUUUCUUCUUUCCCAGAAGACCUAGUAGCAGAACAGUUAACUUACAUGGAUGCUACACUGUUUAAAAGAGUGGUGCCACACCACUGUUUGGGCUGCAUCUGGUCUCAGAGAGAUAAGAAAGAAAACAAACACUUGGCUCCCACCAUCAGAGCUACUAUUGCACAGUUCAAUGCAGUCACCAAAUGCGUCAUCAGGACCAUUUUGAACGGCAAGGAGCUGAAAACGCAUCAGCGCGCCAAGAUCAUAGAGAAGUGGAUCAAUAUUGCCCAUGAAUGUAGGAUUCUUAAGAAUUUCUCCUCUUUGAGAGCCAUCGUUUCAGCACUUCAAUCCAACUCCAUCUAUCGGUUAAAGAAAAGCUGGGCAUGUGUUGCAAAAGAUAGAACAUUAAUGUUUGAAGAACUAUCAGAAAUCUUCUCAGAUCAUGACAAUUAUUUGACAAGUCGGGAGCUGCUAAUGAGGGAAGGAACAUCUAAAUUUGCAAAUUUGGACAGCAGUGUAAAAGAGAACCAGAAGAGAACCCAGAGACGGCUUCAACUGCAAAAAGAUAUGGGUGUAAUGCAAGGCACUGUUCCUUAUCUUGGUACUUUCUUAACGGAUUUGACAAUGCUUGAUACGGCUCUCCAGGACUAUGUAGAGGGAGGGCUAAUAAAUUUUGAGAAGAGAAGGCGGGAAUUUGAAGUAAUUGCUCAGAUUAAACUCCUACAGUCUUCCUGUAAUAGCUACUGCAUGACUUCAGACAAAAAAUUCAUCCAGUGGUUCCAGAAACAGCGGCAAUUAACAGAGGAAGAAAGUUAUGCCCUUUCCUGUGAGGUUGAAGCAGCGAUCGACACAACCACCACAUCCCCCAAACCGCGGAAAAGCAUGGUGAAACGACUGAGCCUUUUAUUUCUGGGAUCUGAUGUGAUUGCUAAUAGCACGCCUACCAAAGAGCAGCCCAAGUCCGUACCAAGUGGGAGCUCCGGGGAAAGCAUGGAUUCGGUCAGCGUAUCAUCCUGCGAGUCAAACCAUUCUGAAUUGGAAGACAUCUGCAUCACUCCUACGGAUACCCCUGAUGAGGCCCAAAAGAAACUCACAGAGUCCUCCUCCUCUUGUUCCUCCAUCCACUCCAUGGACACGUCUUCAUCAGGAGUAUCAUCCUUCACCAAUGUCCUUGUGUCUCCUCCUUCUCUGGCCAGCAAUCCCAGAAUCCACAAACGCUCCAUCUCUGUCACCUCCAUUACCUCAACCGUCUCCUCUCCUGUUUACAACCAACAGAACGAAGACACCUGUAUCAUCCGUAUCAGUGUUGAAGACAAUAAUGGCAACAUGUAUAAGAGCAUUAUGUUAACUAGCCAAGACAAGACUCCUGCUGUCAUCCAGCGAGCGAUGUUGAAACACAACCUGGAAUCAGAUCCUGCUGAGGAUUAUGAACUCGUGCAGGUCAUUUCUGAGGACAAAGAACUGGUCAUCCCAGAUAGCGCAAACGUCUUUUAUGCCAUGAACAGCCAGGUGAACUUUGACUUUGUCCUGCGGAAGAAAAUCUCCCUAGACGGGCAAGUGAAACUGAGAAACCGCUCCAGCUUGACUCUUCCCAGGACCAACAGGAGGGGCUGCUGGAGCAACAGAAACAGCAAAAUUACCCUUUGAGGGUGGAUCAGCCCAACACUGAAGAGGUGGGCUUGAAGGACCAUUGCAGAGACUACCUACAUGGAGAUGAACGUGUCAGUAUUCAGCUUUGGAGAGUACAAAGCUAACACUUGCUAUAAAUAAGCACACAUUUAGUUAGUUACAGAGAACAGACAAACAGGUCCUGAAUGGAUUUGUACCCCGUAGGCACUUUUUCCCCCUCCCUUUUACACCCAUUCCAUGAAUUCAAAGCCACUUUCUAUUGGGAAGACAAAGAAUAUGCUCCAGCUGAUGCUCCAGCCUUACCACAGACUCUUCGCCUCUUCUCAGUUUUGACAGUAUUAAUUUGGAGUGUUUUAGAUGCGCUUUUAUAAAUGGAAGAAGGCAUUUUAAUCACUUGUGUUCUUACCAGAGGCGAAAGAGCAUCAGACUAACCAGUGGCUAAUGACAGUGCCGGGAGAGGACUGGUAGAGUCGGGCUGCUUUGGUAGAGGCAGCCCAGCUUCUGAAACAAGGGGAACUAGCCUUGUCUUAAAAUUCUCUCCCUGCCAUUUGUUUUUAAGUCAUCCCAGCUUCCAGUCCUUUUAGGCAUGCUGGAAGAAUUCAUUUCCUGCUCCGGGAGUCAGCUAUUCACCCAUGACUAUAUGAAUGCACACCACUUGCUCUUAAUGCCACUAUGUUGUUUUCUUUAUGCUUUGCUAUUUUUUUUUUAAAUUGGGUGAAUGUACGUAUGCAGGUAUGUGUGUGUUUGUGUGUAUAUAUAUAAAUAUAUAAAUAUAUAAAAAGUCAAAAUACAUUUCCUUGGAGUGUGCAGUUUUACUCCCCUUUCAGCUGUGGAGCUGUUUUCCUGUAUUCAGCCAUAUUGGCACUCUAGUAAACUAUAACAGUUAUGUUUUAUACCAUACUCAGUCUGAGAAACAAAGCAAAACAAAAAAAUAAAUAAAUAAAAUAAACCUGCUUAAUACCCAUUGUUUGAAAAGAGCCCAGAUAUUUUUUGUGGUUAAAAAAUUAAAGAAUCCCUCUCCCCCCCCUUUUUUUUUUUAAGAAUUCAGCCAUUAAUUUAUAUAUAUAUAAAUACUGCUUUAGUUACUGUACCUCUUUGCCUCACAAGCCUGGUUGGUUGGAAUGAGGAACGAGGUAUUGACUUUUUCAAGGGUCAAGUUUUCAGUGAUGAUAUUAAUCCUUCAGAGCUCACACAACAGUAGUACAAUCAGAGAAAUGUUGAAAUGAAAGUAAUAAUGUUGGUACCAAUUAUAAAUAUUUCAAACAUGGGUGGUAAGGAAGCUUCUUCCUCAUAGCUUUUUUUCUGAUUAUCAGCUUUAGUGACCAACAGGGACAUCCCACCACCUUCCCACCUCCGCCUUGCAGUCUGCUGCUAUAUCAGCUGUUUCCUUUUGAAGGCCAGUUAGCAUUCCUCACAUGCAUACAAUCCCUUCUGUAGGUCUCUUGUAAAGACCAAACAGAGUUACAACUUUCACCCAAUUACCGUAAAGCAGACUAAAUUGUACUAAAUUCAAUAGUAUUCACUUGUUUGUAACAAUAUUUAUGACUGUAAAUUUACAUGGAAGGUUUUUUUUCACUUAAUUUGCAACCUCAACUUGAACGUAUUACUAGGUUUAAUUGGGUUCACUGAAAAUCUAUCAUACUCCAAUUCAGAGUUCUUUCCGUUCUUCAAAGAAUACUACUGUAAAGAAAGUAAUGCAUAAUCACACUCAGGGCAGUUUGUAGGUUAUUAGUUGCACCAUCAUAGAAAAAAAUAGAGAAUUGGCACUAUAAGUAACACCUACUAAAUACUUCAACAAAGCAUGUUUUUCAAGCUUUGUCCAUGUAGGAAAGGGAAUGGGUGGUUGAAGCACAAUAACAUCUAGAAGCCAGAGAGUCAGUAGUCAGAAAUGAACCAGCAAAAUAGUUUUGCUUUUCUUUGAAGAAGAAUGGGAUGAGUCUCCUUCAGUUCCCAUUGAUAUGUUUGUAUGUGUGCACAUGUGUGCAUAUAUUUACACUGGGAUGAGGUCGAGGUUGUGUGGGUAGAAUUAAGAUUGCUGCAUAGCAAAAUGAGAUAUAUGAAGCCUUUUUGUUGAAAAUGGUUCACCAAUUUCGGCUUUGUAAAGCUAAUUUUGCUAUAACUAUUUAGGAGCUUAACCCCAGUCCAAUUUUAAAUGAACACUUAUCAGAUUGUGAUAUAUUUGCACUAUGUAAAAUCUUCAAUUUCAAAUGCUUUAUAUGUUGAGCCACUUACUUAAGUUCUCCGUAUUAUUGUCUACAAGAGAUUGUGAGUGUGUCAGUAUACUGCAUAUAUAUCUUACUCUUUGUUAGUCAGAUGCAGGCAGCAAUAGGUUACUUUGCAAGGUAGUCUCUAGAUUAGGGACCCUAGCCUGCAUGUAACAGCAUGAGUUUGUUUGAGCUCUGAGUUUCUGGUAUACCAAUGAAAGAAUAUAAAACUAACUGGUCCUGAAGUUGCAUAAGGAGGGACUGUUACUUGCGGCAUGCAUGGUAUAGCUAAGCUGACUUUUCUAGUGUACACCUUCUCUGUCUUAAUUAACCAACACCAUGAUAAGCAAAAAGUGUAAUACAUGUAGGCCUUUUUGAUGUUGGUUAUGGCAAAUAGAAGAUUUAAAUAAAAAUGUGUAGGUGGGAAGAACAUGAAAUAAGUGAAAGAAAUAUAAGUAUGUUGGGCAUUUGUGAAACUAGGAAUGGGGAAGAUGUCAUCAUUUGUAACAGAGGUACUAUAGUCAGAUUUUUUUGGGUAAUGCUGAAGAAUUCAUGCAGGGAAGGAAAAGAGCUAAAACAUAUGACAGAAAGUAUGAAUUGGUGUCAUAUGUUACAUUGUGGGUACAGAUGAAAAUAAGAACCCAUACACUAGGAAUAGUUGAAUGUUAUACUUCAGUGUACAAUGGUAGCAAAAGAACCAGCAAUGGGUUUUGCAGUCCAUGGGCAAGGAAAGAAAGAAAGAGAAAGAGAAAGAAAGAAGGAGAGAAAGAGAAGAAAGAAAGAAAGAAAGAAAGAAAGAAAGAAAGAAAGAGAAAAAGAAAAAGAAAGAAGGACAAAAAUAACACAAUGACUGAAAAGCAGACAUAAGAGGAUGUGGAACCUGCUCAGAAAAGAGUGAAAACAAUUUUGUUUGUUACACAAAAGUGUUUGGAAACUAAUGGGAAGAAUGAAAAAUAAUGCUUGAUGGACUAAUAAAAUGAAAAGGGCUGGGAAUGAGAAAAAUGCUGUGAAAUAUUGAGAAAAAGAUACAUUACAGAUAUUCCUCAAUUGAUGAUCACUCAUUUUGUGACUGCUCAAACCUGCAACAGUACUGGACAAGUGGUACUUUUAACUGGUCCUCAGACUCUGUCAUACAAUCCCUGGCUGGUACUCAAUUCACAGUUAUGACAACACGGAGUCCCACAGUUACGUCACCAUUUGUGAGUUUCUUUGCUGGCCUUGAACAAUAAUGUCAAUGGGGAAGCCUGGAGGUGGCAAAUGGCAACCAUAUAAUACCCUUGCUUAAUGACCCAGGGUGAUUCGCUUAAUGACAGCCCCAAGACUGCUGGAGUUGUCACCGAGUGGUGCAAUUCCAGUCCCAAUUGCCAUCAUUAACUGAGGACUAUCUGUAUAAAGAUAGGUAAAAAAGUGUAACUAAGAGAGUAAAGGAACACUAAGAUUAAAAAUAUAGCACAAUUCAGAUGGAAAUUAAAACCUUGUUUGAAAUGGCUGAAACGAGCUAAAUAAAGAGCUUCAAGGAGAGUGAAUGGAAUUAAAAUUGUGAUGUCAUGAAUUGGUAUGGAACUGAAUGGAGGGAAUGCCAAGAGUAAUAGAGAUUUAUAUGGGAAUUCCUGUAUAUCAAAGGGUGAAAUUUAAAUGGAUGUGAAAAUUAUUAGCAUGUAGGAAAAGGGACAAAAAGUUAAAUUAAAUGUUGUGAGAACAUUGAAUAAUAAGGCUUGAAAGUGUAUUAAUAUAAUUGGCGAAAUAUUAAAAUACGCAUGUGAUCUUUUUAGUAGGAGUGUGUAAUUUUGGCAGCAUAUUUGGGAAGACUGCAUUUGUGCCUGUUGGUUGGAAGAAUGUGAUUGCUUUCCUGUUCAGAACUAGCAAAGAAUGCAAAACACACAGCAGGAUUAUCUGUUGAGUGUUGUUAGGAAGGUGGAGUGGCAGCAGUCUGACUGAAGAGCAGCAGAAGGUGACAGUGAGGAAAAAUUAGGGAGCCCCAUGUGGCUAUAGGUUGGGCAGUGGUGAAUAUGCAGAUCACAUUUUUAUGGAGUCCUUAGUGCUCUCUGAGUUUGAUUCAAGGUCUUCAGCAUUUCACGGAGAAAUAUGUAACAGCAAUAUGUGAAGAUGUAAUGCUAGCUAGUGUUUCAUCAUGAGCAGGGAGUAUUACCAGUAUUACAAGGUGUUAUCACGUUGGUUGUUUAGAAUAUUUAUAAGGGAUGUUUGAAGUGAUGGAAGGUGUGUGUUGAUUUGAGACCUAAACAUACAUCCAAUUUCAUAUUCAGUUACUGUCACAUUAUUGGGUGAAAAACUUUAUGAUGAUGCAACAAGAAGCAUGAAGCUAAACACUAAUCUGACAACAAAGUACAGGGAAAAUGAAGUUAAUAAUUGCAAGUUUUGUAUAAAUGGUGAAAAAUCUGCAUUGAGUAAAUGAGUUUGUUUACCUUGGUAGAAAGUUUUCUACAGAGAGGGAAAUGGAUGGGAAAAUGUUAGGAAGUGCAAAUGUUGGUAGUAAAAAAGAUGGUGGGUGAUUUUGUAAAGAAUGAAAGAAAGAAAAAUAGCUAUGAUUUUUUUUCCCUCUGGGAAUUGGAGAGGUCAAGAGAAAAAGUAAGUUGAAUGCAAGGGGAAGCUUUACAGUACCAAUGCAGAUAGGGUCAAGAAUGAAUGUUAAUCAAAUAUAAAAUGAAUGUAAGAUUGAAUGACCAGUAUGAAACAUGUUUUGAGGCUUUGUCAUGUACAGAAUAUGAAUGAAGAUCAAAUUGCAAAACAAGUAUGUGAAGGAUAAAUGACUCAAGGAAAGGGAAAGAUCAAAAAUGUUGUAGUUGGAUCAAGCUGAUGAGCUUAAAAAGAGAGAAGUUAAGUUUAAAGUUCAUUGGGUUCUUUGGUUCCAUUUCAUUGAUGGGCUACGUAACUUCUUCAGAGAUGACAAGCUCAGGGAAACCCUGGUACCCACUUCAACCCUGAGCUACAUAUAUAUUUUUCACUGUUGGGAACAAAAGCUUUGACAACAAAAGUCAAUGUGUAAAGUAAGGCACAUGAGUAGGGGGGAAGCAGGAAUGGUUUCUGAAGAUAGAAGGAUACUGUGGGAUAUAGUGGUGGUAGGGAAUCUAUUUUUAUCUAGUUCUUUUUCUUAUUCCAUACAUUUUACUUAUUUGUCUAUUUCUGACUUGUUUUGUGUUUGGCAUAAGGUUGCUCACUCUGGGAUAGAAGAAUUUGGUAUGUAUGUAUGUAUGUAUGUAUGUAUGUAUGUAUGUAUGUAUGUAUACAAAUAUUUAUUAACAAUAAGCUUUAAAAGUAUCCAGACCCUGAAUGAAUAUUCAGAAAACCAAAACCCAUUCUCUAGGUUUUCUGGUGAAAAAUAAGCAAUACACAUAAGAGUUAAGUGGGUAAGUAUAUGCACAUAUUCACACUUUGUAUUUAUCUGUAGAAUUAGCUAGAUUUUUUAUAUUGUUAUGCUUGUGCUGACCAUUUUUUUCUAAACAAAGACAAGAAUGAUUAACAAUUGUUGUAUAAAAUAGUCUUUUAUCCCUAUGAUUUAACCUAUUCAUUGAAUCUUUAUUAAAAGAUUUAUUUUUAAAAAAAACUAUCAUUAUAAAAAUAAAACAUUCAAUUCACUUUCACUAUCUAAACUUUGUAUAUAGAAUUUUAGAUCUAACACAGAUUAGAACAAUAAUCACCUCAUCAAUUCCAGUAUUUCAAGAAUUACUUUACCUCUUGAUUUGAUAGGGCUUUGAAUAAUGAAUGCAGCUGGGUUCUGAAUACUAAAUACUGUACUACAGAAUUAUAAGCUUCCAGUCCAAUGUGGGGAGUAUAAAAUAGGAUCCAUCACAGCUUACAAAGCCUUUUUAGCUUCUGGUUGCUAGGAUAGGAGGAAUGUUUGAUACCAGACUCUCUUUCUCAAUUUAUUCUCUCCUUCCCAAUUCCAAUUAGUAUGAGAGAAAAGUUAGAUACAUAAGCCCCAGUCCACUUUAGAGGAUUAAUCCAUUUCUGGAACUUAUUUAAUGGAUGAAAGAUCUUGGGACCAUGUGAUCCGAGGCAGCCUUUGUUCUGUUCCCUGCACCUCCCAACAUUUUCACACCUCCCUACUGCUGGCAUUAGAUUUCUGCCCACAUGAUUAUCCAUGUGUUGGGGGUCUCCCAAAUAUGCUGAAACUAACUCAGGGAAUUUUUAUCCAGUCUCUGGACAAGCUCGCUAGGAACUGCAGUUACAAUACAUCUAGAAAGCUGAAGCAGAUUUAUAACUGUUUGCCAUAAUAAACAUAUAUAACUUUA